AUGACGGACACCCAAGGUGAAGUCGAGCAUGGCAGAAAGACUCGCUCUGCUUCUCACGCAGAAGUCCAGGUGAGACAGAAAAUGCUUUCCAACGUUGCCACUGAAGCUGACAAUCGCAUGAAGCAUGUUCCAUCAGACGCUGCUACCGUCGACGAGCUCGCCGAGCUCACCGAGCUGGAGCGUAAGCAUGAUAUAUGCGCUCGAUCGAUGCAGUCGCUCGACCUGUUCCACCGUGAACGCGUGGAGCGUAUUCGUCGAUUCAUUUCUGUGGUCCAGCGAGACAAACAUUUGUCGGCAACUCGGUACGAAGACCCUCUCAGCCUCAGAGAGGAGUCGGCUGCCGUCACAGUUCAGCGUGAUCUAGAGGAGGCCAGGUACAACGACGCGCUUGGGAUGAUCAAGGAAUAUGCGGAGGAGGUUUUGGAGGAUUACAAGUCGACUGCUUGGGGAGAUACAGCAAAUGAGCAUGGUCAGGAGCUGCGGAGGACUUGA